AUUUGGUCAGCCAAAUGACAUAUGUUGAUGUGGUGGUGUGUGGAUUUAAAAAAUAUUGAAAAUCUUUUGUAAUUAAUAAUGAAUUGACAUUUUUUCUAAUUAGAAAGUUACACUUCAUUAAGUCUUCUUAUAUUGUAAAAAAGUGCACAACUGACAGUGACGCUAUGGUUAAUAAUUAUUGGAGAAAUCUAAUUUAAAGGAUGAUCCUUUAUUUUAAAAUUCACUAUGUUUAAAUUAGAAUCGUAUAUAACUCCAGUAAUAUUGAGUUACGUGGAAAAAUAUGUUAAAAACUUCAAGCCAGAACAAUCGCAGGUAUCCUUAUGGGGUGGAGAUGCAUCUUUUCAGAAUCUUGAUCUGCGAUUAGAAGUAUUAGAGGAGCAAUUAAAUCUUCCAUUUAGCCUCGUUAGUGGACAUAUCCAUGAAUUGUUAAUUCAUGUACCGUGGGUUAAAAUUACAUCAGAACCCAUUGUUGUCACUAUUAAUACAAUAGAAUGCAUUUUAAAACUUAAAGAUGACUCUCACAGCGACAAUUCUUCGUCAUCUUAUCAAAAAAGACAAAGCGAAAUUGUUCAAGAAGAAACACCACCUGGAUACAUUAAGAGUAUAGUAACAAAAGUUAUAAAUAAUAUAACGAUAAUAUGUAACAAUUUAAUAUUGAAGUACGUUGAAGAGGACAUUGUUCUCAGUAUUAAUGUCCGACAUUUGAGCAUGCAAACUGUUAACAACAAAUGGGAACCGGCAUUUGCGGACGUCAGUAGCUAUGAAGUUAUGUUACAAAAACUUAUAACUAUUCAAGAUUUGACUCUUUGCUUAGACAAAAUGGACACUUCUGGAAAAAUAGAAAUUUAUCAGGAUCCUGUAUUGUACAGAUGCUCGAUGGUGAUUCGAAUGAUAAUGAAUUAUCAUAGCAACACAUCCAAACGGGCUUCAGUCACGAGAUUAGAUCUUCACUGUGAAAAAAUGGAAUUUAGUACAACUGAACAGCAAGUACCGAUGCUUUUGAGACUAACAGCUCUACUUAUGGCAUUGAGAACUAAACAAUUUCCCGAGAAGAAAGACAAAUCCUCGAAUUCUGCCGAUGACAAAGAUAGCAACUCGCAAGAAGAUUCUAAUUCUGGAUCUGGAGCUUCGACCGAAGUGGUCGGUUGGGGUGGAUGGGCAUGGAACACUAUGUCUUCUAUUUUUCCAGUUGCUUGGGAUAAUGACUGGUCAAAUGAUCAUGAACUGGCUUUUGCCGGACACACGGUUCACCUUGGAAUUUACAUAGAUGAUGCAACACUAACUUUCAAGGUUACAGAGAGCAUCAAGGAACAAUUAUUUUACAAGCCACGGAAAAUUAAGUACAAAUCGUUUCUAUCUUUGAGAUUCACUGGGGCUGUCGUUGAUGCUUUAUUUCAAGGAAUGUCAAUGACUAAUUUUCAAAUGGGAUUUGGAAGCAUAAAUGUGUAUCCUAGAGGUUCUUGUAGUUGUGGUCAUCCCGAGGUUAUUGAUGGAGUUAGGCCUCCUUUGUACUUAAUGGUCGGAAAAGCCACCAUUGAUCAUUUGAAGGACACACUUUUUGACGAUGAAGCUGUAGAAAAUAAAGGCAAGAAAAGAAUCUACAAACAGGGAAUUGAAAAUCACCUUUCUUCUCAUCCAGUGGAGAAACUGCUAGAGAGGUGUCCAGCAUUUAUGAUCGAUUAUGCCCAUCACAUGGUGUUAUCAGAAGACGUUACACCUGAAGAUUUAUUAGAAUUUGGAGCAAAUUUUGAGUACAGCAAUUUUCCAGAACACAGAGUGGUGAGAUUUGCCAUUGGCGAUUUAAUGAUUCGCUUGAGUUCUGGUGUAUUUCAUCGUGCUGAUACAAUAAUUCAAGCUGCUUCAAAAUACGAUUAUGCGCCAUACAUUGUACCAAAACCAGAUCCGACUAUUGAUGAAUUACCGCCAGUAACGGUAGAGGAAUAUGAAGCAUUAAGAGAAAAUAUUUCCAAAAUGGAAAUCAAAUUAUUUAUGAUUAGAGGCGCAAUUCAAUUGCAAUUGGCUGAUCAUCGAAUUACGGGUUUGCAAAGACAGCGAAAAUACGUCGAGUCUCGAACGGAGCCUCUAACGCCUGCACUCUCGGAUGAUCCUUACACAACAAUUGAAUGGGAUGAAAUUUUAAUUGAAGUGGAAGAACCAAUCUAUCCAUUUAGACUUGCUGCGUGUGCUUCCAAACAAACUGAUCUACCUCAAGAUAUGUUUAAUCAGUGUCAUAGAGAAGUGAAAGGACUGAUGCAGGGGCUAAAUUUUCAACUUUAUUUAAAACCCACCUGCCAUACUUCAAUAAUAAUGCCUUGUACAGUUAAUUUUAGUAUGACCAUUUUACUCUAUCGACAAUACUGGACGAGCUUAGAUGUGAUUCAUAAUUUCUAUUCUUUCGAAAUUGAUGGAAUCACUAUAACUGGUACAAAAUCAAAAAUUAUGGUUGCAAGUUCUAUAAUAUCGUCUGUUUUUCAACCAAACGAUACGACCAAUGCUCUCGUGUGUUCAUCUCUUUUCGAUGACGCUUGCGAUGAAAAGAAGCCAACGUAUCUUGAACUGUGUUUAGAAAAUAUAAAUCUUAGAAAUAUCAAGUCACUGGCAGUUCAGUCCACUAUUGUCAAUGUAGGCUCCAUUAAAAUUUUUGCUCACAAUGAAACCGACCAAGCUUUCAUUCUUUCGGGUCCAGAAGUAGAAGAUCAACGAACUAUGGAGUGUAAUUCUCUUCUAUCGGCUGUGAUACAAUAUUCCAAAGACUCGAAAAAUCAAAGAUUCCCAACUGUAAUGUCAUUCCAAGUAGGACCGGUAAAAGGAUGUCUAGAUCCUUUACUUCUUCAGUGGCUUGAGUAUCGCGUGAAAUAUUACAAAUUAGAUACACUUUAUUCAGCGAAACCGGAAACGAGACAACAAACAUCUGAACCCUCAUCAAAUACUGAAAGUAAAAAGAGAAAAUUUCCUAGUCUACAUGAAAGUGUUCACAGUUCGUCUGAUAAAGAAAAAAGGAAACAUGACGAUGUGACGGAAAAAUCGCCUACUAUUUAUAAAAUUAAUGAGACUGAAAAAAAUCAACCAAGUAACGAAAGUAUGAAACAAGAGAAUUUAGAGAAACCAAAAUUAUUGGAAAGAUUAAUCGAGCUUUAUCCUUGGUGGCAUGGCCUUGUGUUAAGUGGAUAUGUUGGACAUAUUACAAUUUAUAUACCAACGAAUACAAUGAGUGGAAUCGAUGCCAACGGUAUCGAAGAGGCAAAAGAUCGAGCGAUACGAAAUAAUGAAAAUCUACAAGUAUUGGUGGUAAAAAUGCCAAUGUUGCUUAUAAAUUCAGCCGGUGCUCAAGCUGAUCUUUUGAAACAACAUCUCGAAAUCCUGCCAAUUAUUCUACCCAAAUCGCUUUGGACAAACAAUCAUCAAAGUUUUCCCUGGAAAUUAGAAAUUUUAGAUUUUCAAUGUUACACUCUGAAGCAGGGAGACAGGAAAAAUUUUAUCAAACAAGUUUCCUUCAAUGCAACAAUAGCUUUAGCAACGAAAUUAAAUUCAUCUGAACUAAACAGUAAACUCUCGUCAAUGCAAUUAUCGAUUUACGUCGAUACUUCGCCAAUUAUUAUUUCAGCAUCGGAAGAGCAGAUAAUUUUUCUAAGAGAUAUAAUAUCGAAGAUUACAAGAACUUUACAAAAUAUCGUCGAAAUGAAGAAAAAUAUUUACACUUCAUCGUCACUUGUAAAAAAUGAUCAGGAAUCUCUCCUCAUUAUGCCAUCUCCUACAAGUCCUUCGCAAUUUGCCUAUCCGGAAGAUACGACGACAACGUCAACAGUGUCUGUGUCCAAGGAUAAUUUGAAUCAAGAAAAAAGUGGAUUAACUUUGUCCGCUUGGGUUCAGUGGACAAUAACAAAAGUUAUCGUUAAAUUUUACACAUCACAACAAUCUGAUUCGGCUCUUUUAAAAUUAGUUUUGGAAUUGGAAGACAUUAUAACAUCAGCUGAUAUACAACCUGUUUAUUUCAAACUAGUUCAUAAAAUAACAACUGCCACGAUUUUUCAUUAUUCCAGAGCUCCAAAUAAUCGAAAUUGGGAUUUUGGCGAAUACGUCGGCUUAUUAAUGUGCGGGCGAGAGGAUAAUUUUGAGAAAGGCGAAGACACGGGAUUCUUGAAUUUCACAUUAACAAAGGCAAAAUUGGGAAAUGUUCAUACUCGUUGGGGUGCGAAUAGACAGUACAAGUCCCAUAAGAAGGACUUUCGUGCCGAAGAAAUGAAGCUCUCAGGUAGUUAUAUUACUGAAGUGGAUGUAAAGAUUCAAAUGCUGGAUCUUAUUUUACCGCCGAGUGUGGUAGGAAAAUUUGUGCAAUUAGUUAAACCAUUUUUAAAUUUUCAUGAUAAUAUCCCAAAGAAUUCAAGUUUACAAGAAAGCGCUUUCAUUCCGCCCUUCAUUGGUAUCACAAAAUUAAGAAAUGAGACUCUUCCCCUUGUUUAUUUGGAUUUUAAGGGAAUUAGACUGAUGCUUCCAGUUUCGACGACAAUUUUGCAAGGAUUACAGCACGAUCUCCUAAUGUUUCAGUUAGAUGGUAUUAAAAUUUCACCUCGGGCUGAAAAUCCUAUUUGUAGAAUUCCAUUACGCAUGGAUGUUUAUCAACUUGCGGCGCAAGCGAAUAUUUUGAACAUUCCAGGAUCUGCGGUCGAGGAUAGACAGUAUCAAAUUAAUGUUAAUGGAAUUUCCACUUAUACGACUACUUGGAAAAAUUACCAACAAAGUAUUACGAAGAGAAUGUCUCAAUCGUAUCUUUACACAAUGCAUGAAAAUCCGGCAGUUGAGUGGAAUAAAUUAGGAAAUGGAAGCAGUUUGGAACUUCACUUUUCUACUUUUCCGAUAAUAACAAGGUUCGACCUUUGUAUUAUAAUUGCACCAACGAUUAUAUUUCAACCAAAAAUAAUUGUGUGCGGAAGCGCUGCCGAAAUAAAUUGUCUCACGGAUAUUGAAGUCACAAUGAAUUUGCAUCAAAUUCGUUUAAUAUCUGCUCUUCAUGCCGAAUUCAAUAAUUUAUUUUCCGAUCUAAGGGUACCAAACACUUCCACUGAAAUUGCAAAAUCUUGCUCAACGAAUGCCAAGAGUUCGCCUCUCAAAACCAACAUUGCCAAUGAAUCAGAAGUUGAAUUGUCAUUUGAUUUCGAAACAGCGAGUAUGAAUUCUAUGAAUAUUGAGAAGCCAUUAACUCAAGGAGCUGUUACGCUUCCUCCUUUCGAAUUUUUAGUGAAUUGCGGAAAAAUCACUUUUAUUUGUUAUGAACUACAAAAGUCGCUUGAUAAUCUCUAUUCAACUGAAGACGAAGAUAUUUUCGAAGACGAUAACAGUCAGUACAAGCAGCUUUUAUUUUAUUUUAUGAUCGAUCAACCAAAUUUGUACAUCUCUCAACAGCACUUGACCCAAAAAAUUCAGUUUUCCUGUUUCGAUAUGGCAAUUUCAUUGGGAAAUGAGGAGCGUCAAGAUUAUACUUCAAUGCCAACUAGUGAAGAUUUUAAAGUGUUUAUAAUUCAAGUAAAAAGUGGAGAACGUCAUCCAGACACAGGAAUUCCGCCUUCGUUUAUUACAAUAAAAUGCGAAACGUUACCAGGAAAAAGUCCACAAUUCUUCCUCGACAUGGGACGACCGACAAAAAUGUACUUUUCCUUGGAGAGGCAAAAAAAAGUUAAUUCGAUCCUCGAGAAGGUAAAGGCGUGUUUCGUCGAGAAUGAAAGUAUCACAAAAUUAUCCACAAAGUCUUCUAGCGAUCUGACCAACAUUCACCAGGAAUCAUCUCCUCGUUCAAUAAAAUACACAAUACCCGAUUUCAAUCUCAUCACAAAACAAAUAGUAUUUUCCUUCACAUCAGAAUCAGGAGCGGAAAUAAUAAUUAGUCUAGCUUCAUUGGCUGGAAGUGUAUUAAAUGUCAUCAGACCCGAGAGAAUUUAUGGAAAUGUGACAUUAGAUUCGUUUGUGAUAUCGGGCUCGUUUCGUGAUAAUAUGAAAGUUUUCUUAAAUCCCUGGUGCUGUAAUGUGACCAUAUGCUUACUCUGGGAAUCGUGGCAGGAUGUAAAUUCAUUUCCACAAAUACAAAUACAAGCUGACAGCGAUAGUAUUCAUUUGAAUUGUGGUCCACAGCAUUUGCAAAUAAUUAAGACUGUUUUAUUUGAUUUGCAAGAAUUUUUCAGUCGCAACACUCGUCAGUCUUCGGACAAUAAAACACAGCCGAAACAAUCAUCGACAAUUACAGAGCAGCAUUAUAAGGAUGAUUUAAAAUCGGGCGUCUUUCAGUUUGUCGAUGGGACUGCUGAUGAUCUUCCAUUACCCUAUCAGGUCGUAUUCUUUACAUUUCCGCAACAAGCGAUGGCUUGGAGGUAUCCGCAUCCUAGAGCUCUUACGAGGAUUCAUGUUUCUCCGGUUCCCUUUGAGGCGUGGAGUGAGGACGACACAGAAGAUCGAAUCCACUGUGUGAUUGAAUAUUGGAGCGAUAGCCAAGGUGCUUAUAAAAAAUACGUAGAAUUCUACUUGUCGGAGACGGAUAGCUAUCGUUUGGAUUUGCCCGACAAAACGCCAGCUCGUGCAGUUGCCAGCGUUUGGAGAAUUGUUUUGGGAGCAUCGAAUCCAACUCUUUCGAAAACUCUAGUACCAACUCGAGCAUUGAUUGCCUGCCUACGAAUUGAUUCCUAUUUUAAUUCUCUCAUCAUUCCAAACAUUCAAGCCGCACUCAAUGUCAGUUCGAUUAAUCUUGCUCUGUACAAUUACAUUUCUCCGAAUGCUUACGAAAAUCUUCCACCACCACUCACCGAAUACACACUCAACGGAAUGAUUCCCGAAAUGCAAUGCUUCAUGUGCGUCGAGCACAAGGAAGCUGUUUUCAUCUUCAACAAAUGGCUCGACGGUUCCGCUCUCAUUGACAUUAGUGGAAUUCUCCGCGUUCAUAUUUUGGAUUACGGACUUUUGAUACUUCAAGAAGUUAUUGACAAUAUGUACGAAAAAUUACAAAUAUCAAUCAGUGAGAAAACGGAUGUUUCGAUGACUUGUAGUCCAUUUUCUCUGAAGUUGAGUCCAGCGAUAAGUCACACUUUGGCAGUGUCUGCGAAUUUAUGGUCGAUUGCCCUCGACGAUGAAACUAAACCUGCGAUUAUUAUAACAAGAUUUAUAAUUGCUAACGAUUGUAAUAUUCCGAUUCGUUUUGGUCAGAAUGGUACGGACGAUAAUAUUUUAUUGAAGAGUAGAGAGUGUUAUUUUUAUUCGUGGAGGCACGCUAAUAAUCAAUCGUUGAGAAUAUCGCUGGAGGAUAAUGCUUGGAUUUGGAGUAAACCAUUUGCUGUCAGUAGAGAUGGAGUGCAGAAUGUUGAUUUUGGAAAUUCUUCGGAUAUUUUGAUUACAAUCACUGUGUCCUCGAUUUCGGCGACACAAAAAUUAGUCACAUUCUCGGGACAAUUUAUUAUUUCGAAUCAAUUGACGGAUAAUUUUCAAAUGAAAUUGGUUAAAUAUGAAUUACAAUCGAAGGAGAAAUCAGGACAAUUUCAGGAUUUGUAUUUUGUGCCAGGAAGAAGUCAACCCUCGUCGAUUGUCCUGGGCGAUAAUUCAAAUAUGACAAUGCGUUUGAGAUUUUCGAGUAUUCCAAAUCUUUCGUGGACUGGUGACAUUCCAUUGCAGCCGAAUACAAAGUGGGGUCAACCUUGGCUUGUUAAAGUGCCUUUGCAAGAAAGGGGUCAAUUUAUCAGUAUUUGGGUACGAAUAGUAAAAGAAGAAGAUCGAGGAAAGUCUAAAAUUCUCGCUGUGCUGAGUCCUUUGUACAUGAUCCGUUCGUAUUUACCAGUUCCUGCCAAAGUUCAAAUCGAAACUCCUUCUUUAAAAGGAUUAAUUCACACGACUGUAAUGGGUCGAGGAGAAAAACAACAAUUGUACUGUCCUGGUACUUUUGAACAUUUUCAUCAACUCACGUUUCAAUUGGAAAGUGGAGUAUCGGCAUCGAAUCCCUAUGUUCCGUUGUCUUACAGUUCGGUGGACCAAAGAGUAUUUUUUAAGAGACCUGAGAAAGAAAAUAUACAGGAAAUUCUAAAGGCAUUAGAAUCGUCGAAAAACGAAUUGCAAUGGCCUUUUCAAACUGACGAAAUUUUCGAAUGGAUCGCUGCCGAACAACCUCAGACUCAUGUUCAAGUAAAAUACCAAGAUGCUGGAUUGGUCUCGAGUACAUUGCUUUUGGAAUUGCAACCUUGGUGUUUUCUUUUAAAUUCUUCUGGAUGUCACAUUUCCCUAGUGGCCGAGGAUAUAGAACUUUGUUCUGUACCGCAUUUCGGAAUUGUAGCUCCUCCUAAAUUGGAGGGUACUUUUAAUUUGGGCGUUGCAAUUGGAGACACAUAUUAUACAUCCUCCGCUCUUCAACUAUCCCGACCUGAUUGGAGUCAAAGUUUCUAUAUGCCCAAAAUUGGCGGAUUAAUUCCACUCGAAGGGAAUAUGAAAACUCACGUUGAUUGCGGAUCUAGUGUUUGCAUUUUAAACAUCAAGAGUGCAAUGCUGGAGGAAAUGCGAUUUGUGCGAAUUUGUAGCAGUUUCGUUAUUGGCAAUAUGACGAGUCAAGAACUAUGUGUAGCUACUUUGGCCGUUUCGGAAGAUUUGACUGAUUUUCAACUGCCGGAUGAUCUUACACCUUUCAGUAUAAAUAUCUUACCAACGGAAGAUCAAAAACAAGCAGUUUCAAUAACACAAUGGCAUUCGAUCGAUUCAUCAAAUUUUGAUUCAGUUGCUUUGUACGUAUCGUUUAGCUUAGGACAUCAAUGGUCUUGUCCCGUGAGAGUUGAUCAAAGUAUUAAUCGAAAAAGUAUUGCGGUUCCGAAUGAUUAUUCAACUGUACCUGUUGUCGUCACAACACAAGAAGAUAAAGGCACAAUGUACAUUUUAAUUCAUCCUGAUGAACAUCCUCAGCUGAUGAUAGAUAAUUCCUGUUUCUUCAAAAUUUUCAUUGGAGAAGCUAAUGAAACUACAGAUGGUAUUGUGCAGGAUACCCAACAUUUUUCAUGGAUGUGUAAAAUUGAAAGUGGUACUCUUUGUCACUAUACAGUACCGACAGUUGCCAGUAGAAUGCCAGAUUCUUCUCCGACAAAUGUUAGUUCAAUUUUGGUGUUCUCCACACCUCCCACUGAGGACGAUGAUUUUCGCGAAAAAGAUAACAAAACUUUAAGAUGGUCUCGAGGUAUAGUUUUGUCACCGUCAAUUAAUGGAACAUCGGAGCAAUUUGUCCGACUUCCGUAUUAUGGAGAUGUUAAAGUGAUCAUGCAAACUCGAUGUUAUACAACUUAUUUACAUAUUGGUCCGAUUUCACAAGUGGAAGUAUCGGCUCGAGAUAUCAGAAGUAAAUUAUGCAAGACAACUAAUUAUAAAUUACAAGAAACGGAAGUAAUUUACAAUCGGAUGCUGUCGAUACGAGAAGAAGAAAAGGACUUGGAUAACGUUCAAAAUUCGGAAAGUUCCACUUCAGUGACAAGUUUUUUCUCGGCCGAAGACGAUAAUUUGGGUUUAUCUUUGAAGAAUCCAAAGGAAAUGAAUGUGAAUUUAAAACCAAUUGUGAAAAAUCGUCCGAGUUAUGAUAAUUUAAAAUCUCUUGAGAAAUCAAAUGAGAGUAGUAAACCAAAUGGUUUUGCAAUAAUUCAUUUUCAAGGAAUCACUUUAAUCGUGAUGCAUGAUAUCAAUGAAAAUGGACAAAGAACAGAAGUCGCUAGUUUAUCACUGAACGAUACAAUUCUCUCUAUUGAUUCAAGAGACAAUCUCAUGGACGCGAAUAUUUACAUUGGUGAUUUGCAAUUUGACAAUCAAAUAUUUGAGCAGGGUGGCUACGAUUUUCCCGUCGUAUUAAUAAGUCAAAAAACUCCAACGAAAAAGGAGAAAACUUUUUACUUCAGCAAUUGUCUAAAGAGCAAUUUACAGCAUAUUACCGAGGGUUCCUUAGUGACAAUUAUUUUAAAUUUUGAAUUCGAUGGAGGAAAGAGGGCUUGUAAAGAAUUUCGAGCGAAAUUGGCGCCGAUCAGUGCUUACAUCGAGGACACUUAUGUUAGUCAAUUAUUGGAUUAUGCGGCAGCAUUGAUGCCGCCUUGUUUCAUUAAUUCCGAUGGAGGGAAGAAAAUUCACGAAUUAACUGGAGCAUCUAAUGUGUACAUACCAGAUUAUAUAAUGAUUGAUGCGAAAAUCUUAAGUUCGCCAUUGAGAUUGCAAACUUUUACUAUUGAGCCUUUGUCGAUUUUAUUAAGUGUACAUACGUCGGUGCAUCUUUACGUUGCACUCGAUCACUCGCCCUUGUAUUUUAACGUGUUCGAAAAGAAGAAUUUCUUAACAACGCCCUACAGACUUGGAAAUGCGCUCACUAUGCACUAUUUAUCCGGAGCUAUAUUUGGAGCUGGAUGGGUUGUUGGCUCUUUGGAGAUUCUCGGAUCGCCAGGUGGAUUAGCACAAGCUUUAGGUUCUGGUCUUAAGGAUUUUAUUGCAUUGCCUUUUCAAGGAUUAUUACAAGGACCUUGGGGUUUUAUUGUCGGCAUAACGCAUGGAUCUGCUAGUCUUAUGAGGCAUAUUACAGCAGGAACCGUGAAUUCGGUUACUAAAUUAGCAUCGAGUGUUGCUCGUAAUUUGGAUCGAUUGACACUGGACGAAGAACAUCUUCAACGACAGGAAGAAGCGAGGAGAGUGAGACCGCAGGGAAUGGCUCAAGGACUUUAUCAGGGUCUCACUGGAUUUGGAAUGAGUCUUCUCGCCGCUGUUGCGGGUCUAGCGCAUCAUCCACUUCAACAAGUUUGGUCCGGAGAAUCAACUACAAUGGGUCUUGUCACUGGAGUUGGUUUAGGACUUGUCGGAGUGGUCACGAAACCUUUGAGUGGAGCUGCUGAAUUAGUUGCUAGAACCGGACAAGGUCUUUUGCAGGGUGCUGGAUGGAAUUCGUUGCCAUCGCCUCGACAAAGACCAAUUGUGCAAUAUUCAACACCUGGUUGCAAUGCAGCGUCUCUGCGUUACGUUUGGCGAUUGAUGCCUCUCUUGGCAAAGAGUGGAGACAGUAUUCUGCAUGUGGCGAGUGCAGAUCACGUUGUUCACCAGGGCAGCAAUCGUGCUGUGAUAUUAGUCCUCACAAGACAAGCACUAUUACUGGUAAAUGUCGACGAAGACAGUGUCGAAAAGAUAUUUUCCCUAAAAGAACUAAUUGGUGCUGAUCACCCGUCCGACUCGACGAUGCUGCGUUUAUUCUGUCCAUCGCCUGUUACACAUCCAGCGAGAAAUAUUUCUCCAAUGGAACACACUGAGAUGAAUCAAGAAAUGAGAGCAAGGGUUGCUGAAUUUUUACGAACGAGCAGUACGGGUAUCGCUAGUUUAUCAACGAAUAGCGACGCACAAUCAGAUACGCACGAAACAAUAUUACCGCCACCGGAAAGUAGCCUAACGUUUUAUGUUAGUCCCGAUUCACGCAAUUAUUUGCUAACAGUAUUUAAUGUUGCAAAGAAACAAAGCCAAGGCAGUGGUUUUAAUGUUUUGUAAAAUGUUAUAUUUAUGGAGUGAUAUAAAUUAUAUUUGAUAAAAUUUUUAAAAAACCA